GAAGUUCUACGAGCAAAACACUUGGUUAAAUAGUAUUUUAAAGUUGUAUUAUGAGUGAAAAUGAUUCCGAUGGUGAAAUCCAUUCCAGCUCGGACAGUUCCUCCGAACUCGACGUCAGUGGAACGCGUUUCAAUCCCCUUAAAGCGCUUUAUUCAACCAAAAUCAAGGUGCCGGUCGCAAAAGCGAAGCUGCACGACAACGUGCAAUCUUUGGAAUCGAGACAGAACAUUCUUGGAGGUUUUGAUCAUCCGUACGACGAGCAACGGAUCAAACAGAUACGAGCUGCCAACACAUUGAAGAAAAAACUGCCGGAACCAAGCGCGCAACCGAUUAGGCGAUUUGCACCAGAGCAGGGGCUUGUUCAAGUGCAACGACCGGUACGCCACCAGAGAAAUAUAUUCCUCCGACUGGAAAAAGGCUAUGAGGGUCCCCUAGCAAAGCUACAGGAAUGGAUGAACAAGCGGACACGCGUACGCAUCUACACCCGCAAACAGAAAGGUGUUCGAGGGCACAUUUCGGGUUUUAUAGAAAUCUUCGACCACCAUUGGAACAUGGCCGUCAGUGACGUAUCGGAAACAUGGCGCCGACGAAAGUAUCGAUAUUCCGAGAACAAACUGGCACCGGAAACUAUCGGGCCAGCGCAGGACUGUUCCGAACGGCUGCGUAUGCUUGGUAUAGUUUUGCCCCAGAGUAAGGCACGUUGUGAUGGUAAAAAGUAUGUGAUAUGUACCCGCAAGGUACCACAACUCCUGAUCCUCGGUGAACAGGUGGUUCUGGUCACCCCCGAACCACCGGAACCGGAAAAGACUGAUAGCGGUGAGUUGAAAAAAUAAAUCGAUCUGUACAAAA